GCAGUAGGAUUCUGAUUUAAUCAGCUGAGUUGAUCUCAGCUGAUUUUUGUGUUUAUUUGACCUUUUUGUAUUUUUUAAUCAAGAGAAUUCAUUAAGAUCGCAUUAAAUUUGACAAGAGAAAUGAAUCGUUUAUUGAUUGUUUAUAUGAAUAUGAAAUGUAAAAUAUAAUAGUUUAAUUAUUUUACAUAUUAAAUAUUACAGUAUAGAGUGUAUAUAUUAUUGUAAGUAGUACAUAGCUCUGUAUUAUUGACUCAAAAAUAGCUCACAUAUUUUGAUUAAGAUGGCUACUUUAUUGUCAACACCACCGAGCGCGAAAAGAAUCUCGCAGAUUAGAAAUAUGCGGCAGGGCAGUGUAAUAGAUAUAGAUGCCGAUAUGUUUCUUAAGAUAUCCAACUACGAGGACACUGUCAGACAACUGGAUAUAUACUAUGGGAUUGUUAAAAGACAAUUAUUGCGUUAUCAGAGUUGCAUAACAGGUCUGUUUCCACAGAUUUCGUCCGAUCAAAAGGUCGGCAGCGUACGCGAAAGUAUAUACUGUGCUGCAGCAAUAUGGAGCCUAUAUCAAGCUUAUAGACGUAUUGAUGAUGAUCGUGGAAAAUCGUAUGAAUUGGGACAGUCGGCAAUAAAAUGUAUGCGGGGUAUUUUAGAAUGUUGGAUAAAACAGUCUAACAGGGUGGAGCUCUUUAAGAAAAAUCAGUGUGAUCGUUUUGCGUUACACUGCAAAUUUCACUUAGAUACUGGAGAUGAAAUCUACAGAGAUGCUGAUUACCAUCACUUACAAAUUGAUGUCGUAUCUCUUUACCUGAUAUUCUUGGUACAAAUGAUUUCUUCUGGAUUACAAAUUAUAUAUACACAAGAUGAAGUGGCCUUUGUACAAAAUCUAGUAUAUUACGUCGAAAGAGCUUACCGUACACCGGAUUACGGCAUGUGGGAGCGUGGAAGUCGAUAUAAUGAUGGAACGCCUGAGAUUCAUGCCAGCUCCAUUGGGAUUGCCAAGAGCGCAUUGGAGGCGAUCAAUGGUUGUAAUUUGUUUGGAGAGACAGGCGCAUCCUGGUCUGUGAUAUACGUCGAUAUCGAUGCUCAUAAUCGCAAUCGUAGCAUUUUUGAGACGAUGCUACCGCGAGAAUCUAGUUCAAAAAGCGUAGACGCAGCCCUGCUACCGACAGUGUCCUUUCCCGCCUUUGCGACUCACGAAGAAGUGCUGUACAACGAGACGAAGGCGAACAUAGUGCGUAGAUUGAAAGGCAAUUAUGGUUUUAAACGAUUCGGAAGAGACGGUUAUAAAACAGUGCUAGAGGACAAACAUCGGCGGUAUUAUAAAUCCGGAGAAAUUAAGGAUUUUGACAAUAUCGAAAGCGAAUGGCCGCUGUUUUACAUUUUCAUGAUAAUAGAUGGUGUAUUCAAAAGUUGCCCUGAGCAGGUGGAAGAAUAUCAGAAUCUAUUGAAAGCAAGAGUGUAUAAAGAUUUGAAUGGAGAUCCGGUGAUUCCUAUGUACUAUUACGUACCUGUGGAACAUUUGGAAGCUGAAAGAAACGAUCCAUGCACCGUUUAUCGACUACCCAGCGACGAAGGGAGAGGCGCCAGAUCUGCGGAUUAUGAUGCACCGAUGUACUUGUGGAAUCAAGCCAUGUUUGUAAUCGCGCAGCUGCUUACCGCCGGUCUUCUGCAUAUCAAUGAAUUAGAUCCGAUCCGUCGAUAUCUGCCAUCGUACAAUCGUCCGAGGCGAGCGGGAAGAUAUUCCGCUUUCCAGGCAAAACCCAGCAUUGGUACUCACACCGAUCUAGUAGUACAAAUAGUUCUGAUCGCAGAAUCUAUGCGAUUGCAAGCCAUGAUGGCCACGUAUGGCAUUCAAACGCAGACGCCACAUGAAGUCGAACCCGUUCAGAUACUGUCGUCUACUCAGUUAGUAAAAGUUUACCAAAAGCUGGGAGUGAAUAAGAAGCUGAAUCUUCAAGGGCGACCCGCACGACCUAUAGGUUCUCUCGGUACAAGCAAAAUGUAUAGAGUUUGUGGCAUGACAGUGCUUUGUUACCCUUUGAUCUUCGAAGUGUCUGAGUUCUAUUUGUAUAGAGACAUGGCUUUAUUAAUUGACGAUAUCAAGACCGAACUGCAGUUUGUUGGCAAGUACUGGCGUCUCUCCGGUCGACCCACUGUGUGUCUUUUGAUACGGGAAGAACAUAUGCGAGAUCCGCAAUUUAAAAAGAUGUUAGAUCUCUUUGCGAUGUUGAAGAAAGGCUACUGCGACAAGACGAAAGUACGCAUUGGACGGCUGCAAAAUCUGAUUUCGUCCUCUUGCAUUGAACACUUGGACUUCAUAAACACUUUGGACACAGAUCUGGAUCUGACGCAAUUUAAACAACUGCAGCAUGAUUAUAUCGGAUAUCAGAGCCUCACUGAUGUCCCCAGAGCUAUCGCUUAUACCGAAGACGUCAAGGAUUAUUCUUAUAUGAUGAACGAACCUCUGGGCAAUAUAUUAAACGAACUUCGCAAUAGCAUCGGCUUGUACGCUAAGUGCCAGUUGUACGGUAUCUUGAUAGAACGACAAGGAAUUAAUUAUGAAGUCAAUGGACUCACGGUCCGCGAUAAUCUGAGAUCGUUAUAUCAACAAGCUGGAUGCUUAAGAUUUUGGAUGGCCGUACGUUAUUGCAGCAGUUUGCUGAAUCACACGGUGGAUAGCAUCAGUCCUUUUAUCACGGGUGUGCUAGUCAAAGGAAAACAGAUCGCGGUGGGAGUGAUCGGACAGGAGGAAACGGUGUUCGAUAAACCGAUGACGCCAGCGGAGAUACAGUCGGUGAUGUAUUCCACGAUACAACCGCACAACGCGGUGCAGGCUGUGUUGCAGCAAGAGAUCCUGCUCUACUGCGGCAGACUCAUCGGCACCAAUCCGGAGAUGUUCAAAGGCAUACUAAAAAUACGUAUAGGGUGGGUCUUGGAGGCGAUGAAGCUCUAUUUGCAAAUGUUUGUAAAGAAUGCCAAGCCGAUCGAGAAUUACAGUCCUUACGAAGUCCGGCAAUUUCUUAUCAAAGUGUUGACUGUCAAAGAAUGGGCUAAUACAGAGAAUCUUACGGUGAUCGGCCGUCGCAAAAUCGAGGGCUGUUUGUGUAGAGUGCCAACACACUUCUACAAUCAAGUAUGGGAUGUCUUGGUACGCUGUCCCGGCGGUAUCGUAGUAAACGGACGAGACUUGCCUCAGCACACCACCGUAUCCAGCAUGACUCGUUCUGAGCUCACGUUUGCGUUACUCGUGGAAUCCUUGCUGCAUCAUAUACAGUUGCCGGAAUAUCGUCAAGUCGUAAUCGAGCUUUUGAGUAUCGUGUCGACUAUCCUGCUCCGAAAUCCAGAAUUAACUUUCCAGAAGAAGCUGGAUCUCAAUGAACUCGUGGAAGAUGGUUUUAUCAUGUACUGCAAGGAUCACAAUUUAUCGAAUGUUGAUGACAAAUCGUUGUUUUUCUCGGCGCAUUAUUCGGUGACCACUGGAUACCUCGCUAGAGCCGUAGUCAAUAACGUCCUUACCGGCGGCUGCGUGACGACCAUCGUGGACUCGAUUGAUGUCAUUGAAUCACAUCCAGAAAUGUGUAAAAUUACUUAACAUACUUGCUAUUGAAACUAAAUCUAAAAAAUAUUUUGUGUUAGAGAAUUUAUGUAGGCGCAUGUAAUAUAUCUCGCUAUGUAUAUAUGUAUUAUUAUUACAUUUACAUAAAGUACAGCGGCGAUGUGGUAA